CUUUGUUCGCUGGUACUGUUACAAACCAGAACCCUACAAGAGGAAAUUUAGGAAUUCGGUGGAAAUGGUGCAGAGGCUUACGUAUCGUGGAAGGCAUAGCUUUGCCACGAAGUCCAACCAGCACCGGGUCGUCAAAACUCCUGGUGGAAGGCUGGUUUACCAGACAACGAAGAAGAGAGCUAGUGGACCCAAGUGCCCUGUCACUGGCAAGAGGAUUCAAGGGAUCCCGCAUUUGAGGCCUGCAGAAUACAAGGUGUCGAGAUUGGCAAGAAACCGGAGGACAGUGAACCGUGUUUAUGGUGGAGUACUCUCUAGUUCUGCUGUUAAGGAGAGGAUCAUUCGUGCUUUUCUGGUGGAAGAACAAAAGAUUGUGAAGAAGGUUUUGAAACUUCAGAAAGCCAAGGAGAAGCUUGCUUCCAGGAGCUAGAUUUAAAUAACUGUUGCUGUCUGGUUUUCAGAUUCUCUUGUCAGUACUUGCCCUUUAACUUUGUUUUCAACUCAUGGCUUUGGCAAUUUCUGCCUUUAUAUGAUCUCUCUUGCUUA